AUGGCCGAUCGACCGCGAGUUAUUCUUGAAAAGUCCCGCACCGUCCGCCGUCGGUACCAGCGCAGCAACAAACGGUUUCAGUUCACAGCAUCCCAGAUCGCUCGCAUCGAACGAGAGGAAGAACGCGAACGCAAAGCUGAGAAGCUCCGGGAAAAGGAGAAGCGGCGCAUACUGUUAAAGAAGAAAAAGACCGAGAAGGACGCGAAGGCCCGCGAGGAACGAAUCCGUCGUGGUAUACCGGACCCGAAUGCCCCUGCUGUACCUGCGAGUCAGCCCUUGCUGUUCAAUUUCAUCAAGAGGACACCGUCUGUUCAGCCGGAAGGCGAAGGUCCAGAGGAGCAACCAGAGAUAGAUUCUGAGAGUGAGAGUAAGACCGAGACAAUCAGUGAAUUCGACGAUGACGAUUCAAGCUUCGACGAUGAGGAGUUUGAUAGCAUACUGGUUGCUCUAGAUGAAGCAGGACAGCCUACACUUGAGGAUAUCGAGGGCCCCCGCGAGAAAGAUAUCGAGAAGGAUGACGACGAGUUCUCCGAAUGCUCUGCUUUCUACGACGAGGACCUCUCCAAAGUGACGGAUACUGUUGAGCAGGUGUCGGUUGCGACGGUCCUGAGCACAGAUUCCUUCGAAGACGACACUGCCAUCCUCUUGGAGGAGUUCGUGCCGGACUUCGACCCAGGUUCCAGUUUUGACGAGGAACUGGCUCAAUUGGAUGCGACUUAA